GUUGGUUGUUCGUGAAUUCACGUUUCAUUGUUACGCAAAUUUCGUAAAGCCGGCCGCGUAUUUGUUAAAAUAACUACUGUUUUUUCCCAUCUCGAAUGAUAUAUAUCAACAGCAAUUAAAAAAAGAUGGCUACACAAUUUCUGAACAGAAUCGGUCAGAUUGGAUUGGGUGUUGCGGUCGUUGGAGGUGUGGUGAAUUCAGCGUUAUAUAAUGUGGAUGGUGGUCACCGGGCAGUGAUAUUCGAUCGAUUCACUGGUGUCAAGCAGCAGGUCUCCGGAGAAGGUACACACUUUUUUGUGCCAUGGGUGCAACGACCAAUUAUCUUCGAUAUUCGAUCCCAACCAAGAAAUGUUCCAGUUGUGACCGGCAGUAAGGACCUUCAAAACGUAAACAUCACAUUGCGUAUUUUGUUCCGCCCGGUACCGGAUCAAUUGCCAAAGAUUUAUACCAUUCUGGGUCAAGAUUACGACGAACGAGUAUUGCCUUCAAUUACCACGGAAGUGUUGAAAGCGGUCGUAGCUCAGUUCGAUGCCGGCGAGUUGAUCACGCAGCGAGAAAUGGUUUCGCAGAAGGUUUCGGACGAUCUCACCGAACGUGCUGCACAGUUCGGCGUUAUUCUAGACGACAUUUCCAUUACUCAUUUGACCUUCGGCAAGGAGUUUACCCAAGCGGUAGAAAUGAAACAGGUUGCCCAGCAGGAAGCAGAAAAGGCCCGUUUCAUGGUCGAGAAGGCCGAACAGAUGAAGAAAGCCGCUAUCGUGUCGGCAGAGGGAGACGCCGAAGCAGCGGCUUUAUUGGCCAAAUCUUUUGGCGAGAGCGGUGACGGUUUGGUUGAGCUGCGAAGAAUCGAAGCUGCAGAGGAUAUCGCCUAUCAGAUGAGCCGAUCGCGAGGUGUUGCCUAUUUGCCAGCCGGACAAACGACUCUGCUUAAUUUGCCCCAGUAAUACAGUGAUGUCGGGGGGGAACCAGAUGGAAAGCAUUUCAGUUUUUGAAUAGUUUAAAUGAUUUAAGAUCUAUUUUGUAAUGGUUACUAAGAAACAGUUUUACUUAUAUGGGAGUCUGGCAAACGGUAUUCGCUUAGAAAGCCAAUUAAACCCGUCUGAAAGCUGUGCUUUGGUUUCCGAGUAGCUUCUACGAUAAAAAUUAAAUAUGCAUUUGUUGCUAACAUUUUUGGCUGCUUUUGCAAAAUCAGAUAAAGUGGAAGAUACUAAAAAUAAAAUUGAUUUUAUUCUUCCAUAUUUUUUUUCUAUUCCAGUGUAAUAAAACCUGUAUCAAUAAACGGUUAUGUGAA